AUGGAAGCUACGCGGCGUCUGCGCGCCGUCCACCCGCUCGGUGUCUACCCCCUUGGCAACGCCUUGGUCGAUCCCGGUGCCUCUUCACGACGCGCCUCAGGGCUCGGUAUUUUGCGACGAUUGGGUGACGAGCGGCUGCUGGCCCUGCUCCGGCUUUUGGAUCCCUGGAGUCUCGCCCGUUCUUCCGCCGCCUCGCCGCUGCUCCGAGCUUUUGCCGGCAGCGAGGAUCUCUGGCAUGCGCACUGCCUCCGGGAACUGCUGGCAUCUGCGGGCGGGGAAGGCUGUACUGGGCCUGCCCUCCGCUGGGGAGGUUGCAGCUGGCGGGAGGCUUUUGCCUUCAGCCACGGCUCGAGGCCUCGGCCUGCAAAGCCUCAGUCGAGGGUCUACAGUGACGUGCUAUACCGGGGCUUCUACUAUGCCGCCACAGAAUUGCAGGAGUCCUGGCUCGAGGUGGACACUUUGCCUCGCGUCCAGGCAUCCGAGCUCUCCACCGAGGAGUUCAUCCAACGCUUCGAGCAGAAAAGCUGCCCCGUCGUGUUGGAAGGCUGUGUGAAUGAUUGGCCGGCAAUGAAGACUUGGUCACGGGAGGACCUCCUCAGGCGCUUCGCGGACACGCGCUUCGCGGCCGGCGCUUGCGACUUCCCGCUGCAGGAAUUCUAUGCCUACGCGGAUCGAAACAUGGAUGACGUUCCCAUGUUCAUCUUCGACAAGUACUUCUCCAAGCGAGCAAAGGCAUUGCUGGACGACUACGAGGUUCCUCGCUUCUUCCGUGGCCGUGACCUCUUCGACCUGCUUGGCGACCAGCGACCUGACUUUCGGUGGCUGCUCAUCGGGCACCGGCGGAGUGGCUCUAAGUGGCACCUGGACCCGAACAAGACCUGUGCCUGGAACGCCGUGGUCCGGGGUCGGAAGCGCUGGCUCCUCUUGCCACCAGGAUGCCCUCCGCCCGGCGUCCACCCGUCGAAGGAUGGCGCAGAGGUCACGCAGCCUCUCAGUUUGCUGGAGUGGUUCGCAAACUUCUACGAAGAGCUCAAACGACACGUUCAGCUGAACUCUGCUUGGGAGCUGAAGGAGGGAACAUGCGGCCCGGGCGACCUGGUCUUCAUCCCCAGUGGCUGGUGGCAUUGCGUCUUAAACUUGGACGAUGACACGAUCGCAGUCACCCAGAACUAUGCCUCCGAAACCCACGUCCACGGCAUUCGCCGCUUCUUGUCCGAGAAGAAGGACCAGGUCAGCGGCACACCCGAAAGGGAGCUCUUGUCGGGUCGCUUUGAGGAGGCUUUGGCCAAAGCUCGCCCAGAUCUGCUGGCUGAGAGCGAGUCUCCAGCCGAAGAAGCGAAGACCGGUGCGUUUCAAAGAGCCAUGGCCACGGCCAUGUCGUUGGCUGAUCCCAGCGCUGACCGAGCCCCUCCCCGCGCCGGCGAUUGUGCUUGGCACAUGUUGGACGGGAAAUGGCUGUCGCCACGACAGUGCGUCGGAGUGCCCCCGCGCUAUCUCUUGCCUGGCAAGUUCUUUGCGCGGAGAGCACAGUCGCGCAGUCAUGUUUGCGGGAGAUGUGGCAGGAAAUUCGAUGUGAACUUGAUGACGAUAGGCUACCCCACAACGGGCGCACGCGGUGACAGAAACGCCACGGCUGUUUGGAUGCACGUGGCGUGUGCUGCCAAGGAUCCAGAGUUGGUUGAAAUUGCGAGGAUGGGGCGCGAAGACAUGCUCAAGGCGGUUCUUGCCUUUGAUGCUCUGCCAGAUGCUGUGCAGGACUCCCUCAUGGAGGAGAUUAAAGGUCAGGCCGGCCUAGGCCCAGGCGCUUCCGGCUCUUCUGUUUUGGAAGAGCCUGUAUUUCCAGAGAGUCAGGCGGGCAGUGGGUUCCAAAUCGCUCCGGCAACGGCACCUGCGUCAUUGUGUGGAUCUUUGCUGCCUUUUCAGGCGGAGGGUUUGGCUUGGAUGUUACAGCAGGAGGAAGGGGAGUGUCGUGGUGGCAUCCUUGCAGACGAGAUGGGGAUGGGAAAGACCUUGCAGAUCAUAUCGCUGAUCCUUUCUAGUUCAGCCUCACCAACCUUAGUGGUGGUGCCCUUGACAAGUCUGUACCAAUGGGAGCAGGAGGUUCGACGCUUUGUGAAGCCAGGAAGCCUGCAGCUCUUCACGUUUUAUGGUCCAGGGAGCGCUUUGCCAGAUGAUGUGGGCACAGACAUAGGGCGGAAGGUUCUUGUGCUGACGACUUUCAGCAAGUUGGAGAGGGAGCACCGAGAUUCGCGCGAGCUUGGGGCCCAACCGGCAAAGCGAAAGAGACUUGCGCACGAAGCAGACCCAGGAAGAGUUGCAGCGCCCCCUCUCUUUCAGAUUCCUUGGCAACGAGUGGUGCUGGACGAGGCCCAUCGAGUGAGAAACCUGGCCUCCCUCACCAGCCAGGCAGCGCUGAGGUUGAAGGCUUCUCUGAGAUGGUGUGUAUCCGGAACUCCGCUGCAGAACCGGACAGGCGAACUGGCCUCCAUGGUACGCUUCCUGCGAUUGCGGCCCUUUGCCUAUCUGAGAUGUGGCAGAAAGGACUGUGGCUGUGAGUGCUUUCAUGUGGAGUGUGAUCCGGGGACACAGAAGUGCCGCGAAUGCAAGCACAGCCGAACGCUGCAUCGGAGUGUCUUCACAUCAGAGAUUCUUACUCCUAUUCGCCAGCAUGGCUUCCGGGACAGAGGCAAGGUCGCCAUGGAGACGCUCCGCUUUGAAGUUCUGCAAAAACUGCUCCUCCGCAGAACGAAGCUUGCCGUCGGCAUCGGACUUCCGCCGAUGCAUGUGUCCGAGCACAAGGUUUCGCUAAGCAUCUCUGAGCGGCGCCUCUACGACUCUGUGAGAGCUCAAAACCUGGCCGUGUUCGAAGACUACGCAGCGAAUCUGACGAAAAACUUCUGCCACAUCUUUGCCCUUCUGGCGCGGCAGCGCCAGGCCGCCUGCCACCCCCUCUUGGUGAAUCACAACAAGGUCUUUUCCGGGAGAUGCCCCCUUUGCCAAGGCAUGGCCGAGACGGUGCUGGAGUGUGGCCAUGGCUUCCACGAAGACUGCUGGGCGGACUACGUAAGGGACAGAUUGCAAGAGUCGGAAGGUGAGGACGGUGAGGAGGAGCCAUCUUGCCUUGCCUGUGCUUGGGGGGCGAUACGCGGAAAGGAUUUUUUGAAGGAGCUUCCGGGGAAACUCAGGAGUUCUAGGAAGCUCGAUGCUGUGGCCAGCCGAAUUGGGCAGCUUCUUGACGAGGAUCCUUCUGCAAAGUUCUUGGUUUUCUCCCAGUUCACACACUUCCUUGAGAUAGCGCACUGGAAGCUUCAGAAAUGGGGUGCCGCUCUCCUGUGUGGCAAUACUCAAGUGAAGAAGAGGCAGGGCGUUGUAGAAUCCUUCCAAUCAGAUCCCGAGCUUCGGAUCCUCCUCAUCUCUCUGCAAGUCGGAGGCGAGGGCUUGAACUUGCAAAAAGCAAACUAUGUCAUGCUGCUCGACCCCUGGUGGAACCCUGCCGCCGAGCUGCAAGCGAUGCAGCGUGCGCACCGAAUCGGGCAGACCCGACCGGUGAAGGUGAUUCGUUUCGUGUCGCAGGGCACGAUCGAGGAGAAGAUUCUGGAGCUGCAAGAGAAGAAGCAGAAGAUCUUUGACAGCACGAUCGAAGGCAACAACGAGUCUCUGCUUCGCCUCACCGGGGAAGACAUCCAGCGUCUUUUCCGAGAGUGA